AUGUUGGCAAUACUAAGACCCCAUUUGAGACCUUUACGGGCGAGGGGUACUUUUCUGAAGCUAUCGUCUCGUCCCAUUGUGGCAUCAUACCAAAAUAUUGCUAGGUUACAUUCCCAUUCCAGAGUACUCAACCGCUUCGCGGACAGGAAGGAGGGAGAUGCCAAUGAUGAAGAUCUCGAAAAGAUCAGGAAAGAUGUGGAACAGUAUAUCAAAGAAGCUAAAGAUGGCAAUAUUGGCGAGUGGGAACUUCGCAAGAAAAGGAUAGACGAAGGACUUAAGAGGUUGGAAGAUACAGUAGGGAGACAACAGGAAAAACAGCGGCAAGAAGCAGAGAAGAAGGCCGCCUCGUCUGCUGAACAACCUACGGCCGAAAGGCCUGAUGAACAGAAUAAGCAACCUGAGUCCGAGGAUCCAUUUAGACACGAAAAGAGAGAAGCCUUUGACCAAAAUAAAAAACUUAACGAGCGUAAGAAGGCCGAAGAAGAGAAGCUUAACAAGAUUUUGAAUGACCCCAACGCCAACGUUUUGUCCGUGAACAUUGGGUUUCUAGAAAUAGGGGUUUUACUCUUCCUUCUGUCGUUUGUCUUGAAUCGUCUGUAUAACACUGAGGAGCAAAGGGAAAUAACCUGGCAAGAAUUUCGGUCGCACCUUCUGGCAAAGAACUACGUUGAAAAGCUGGUAGUAAUCAAUAAAUCAUUUGUCAAGGUCAUUCUCAAUGACAACGGCAAGAACCAACCUGAGCAUAGUGGCCAUGAUUUUUAUUUCUUUACAAUUGGCUCAAUCGAUACGUUUGAACACAAACUACAGAAGGCUCAGCAAGAGCUUGGUAUUUCAGAUGAUUUCAAGAUACCAGUGAUCUACACGCAAGAGGGAAAUUGGGCUAAGGCGAUGUACCAAAUUCUCCCCACCGCGUUGAUGAUCGGUGGUCUAAUUUGGAUAACCAAACGUUCUGCUUCUGGUGCAGCAGGUGGUGGACCCGGUGGAAUAUUCAAUGUCGGCAAGUCUAAGGCUAAGAGAUUUAAUAAAGAGACGGAUGUGGCAGUAACUUUCAAAGAUGUGGCGGGUUGUGAUGAAGCUAAGGAAGAGAUCAUGGAAUUUGUGAGCUUCUUGAAAGAUCCUUCUCGUUAUGAAAAAAUGGGAGCUCAAAUCCCGCGGGGUGCUAUUCUGUCGGGACCUCCUGGUACUGGUAAGACCUUGAUAGCGAAGGCAACUGCUGGGGAAGCGGGCGUUCCUUUCUUUUCGGUAUCCGGCUCUGAAUUUGUGGAAAUGUUUGUCGGCGUGGGUGCAUCCAGAGUCCGCGAUUUAUUCAAAACGGCCCGCGAAAACGCGCCAGCCAUUGUUUUCGUUGACGAAAUUGAUGCUAUCGGUAAGGCGAGACAAAAGGGUAACUUCUCUGGCGCCAAUGACGAAAGAGAAAAUACUUUGAAUCAGCUGCUCGUAGAGAUGGAUGGAUUUACGUCAGCGGACCACGUUGUGGUAUUGGCAGGCACGAAUCGCCCGGACGUACUAGACCAGGCUCUCAUGCGUCCUGGUCGGUUCGACCGUCAUAUUAACAUUGAUAGACCUGAGCUGGAAGGACGCAAGCAAAUUUUCCAAGUUCACUUGUCUAAAAUAAAAAUUGCCGGAUCUAUGGAGGAUUUGAAAAAUAGACUGGCGGCGCUAACUCCCGGUUUCUCGGGAGCUGACAUUUCCAACGUUUGCAAUGAAGCAGCGUUAACCGCUGCAAGAGAGGACUGUACCUCUGUUAAGCUAAACCAUUUCGAACAGGCAAUUGAGAGAGUCAUCGGAGGAGUUGAAAGGAAGUCUAAACUGCUUUCGCCCGAAGAGAAAAAAAUCGUGGCCUAUCAUGAAGCGGGACACGCUGUGUGCGGAUGGUAUUUGGAAUACGCGGAUCCACUUUUGAAGGUUAGUAUUAUUCCCCGCGGUCAAGGUGCUCUGGGAUAUGCUCAGUAUUUACCAGGGGACGUUUACCUGUUGAGCGAACAGCAAUUGAAGGACAGGAUGACCAUGGCCCUCGGCGGUAGAGUCUCAGAAGAGUUGCAUUUCCCUUCUGUGACAAGCGGAGCCUCUGACGACUUCCAGAAGGUAACUCGCAUGGCCUCGGCCAUGGUUACCGAAUUAGGCAUGAGCGAUAAAAUUGGAUGGAUCAAUUUUCAAAGGAAGAGUGAGAGCGAUCUGACGAAGCCAUUUUCCGAAGAGACUGCCGCGAUCGUCGAUUCAGAGGUUUAUCAAUUAGUUCAGGAUGCUCAUGAUCGGUGUGCGGCUUUGCUGAGGGAGAAGGCCGACGAAGUCGAAACGGUCGCUCAGCAGUUGCUCAAGGAAGAGGUCCUCACUCGAGAGGAUAUGAUUCGCAUGUUGGGCAAACGCCCUUUUCCCGAACGGAAUGAUGCAUUUGACAAAUAUCUUAACGAGCGCGAGACCGAAAGACUGCGGAGAAACGAGGAAAAAGACACAGGAAUGAGCACUUGA